AUUCAUGACAUGUUCGUGUUUAUUGUAGCACAGGUACAAAAAUAAUGUCACUUCCUCACAGGUGCAAAGUAACUAAAGCUGCUGUCUGCUUUAGAAAUUGUGCAAGCCCUCUGAAAACGGAAAAAAAUCAUGCAUGUGAGAACAAACUUUAUUAUUCACAUGCGAUAGAAUAAGUAAUAACCACAGAAGGUAACAUUAUUAAUUAUUCCUAAAUGUUUGCAUCAUGGAAGACAAUAUCUUAUGAAACAAAGCUUGGUAAGGUGAAAAAAUAUUGAAAUUUUUGGAGGCUGUCAUUCGACAUCUUCACGUCAACAUUACCAGUUAUGGAAAUAACUGUCGAGAAACAAUUCGAGGAAAGUAAAUUGAUGAUAAAAAAAAUUGGAGGGCUAAUCCAAAUAUUGAACGCAUGGCCAAUCAAUCAGUCGAGAAAAAAACUGACAAUGUUUAUGAUUUACCUGAGUUAUGAAACUAUUUACCUGUCGAUGGCUUUCAAUGAUGUAGUUUCAAUUUUCGGAAGUCUUCAACUUAUGACCGCUAAUUUUUUGGGAACACUAGUGCAACUGGUGAUGGUGAUUCGGCUGAUAUUUAUCAGAUUUUCAGUUAAAAUGAAGGAAAUAAUUGAAGAAAUAUUCGACAAUUGUGACGUCAAAAAUUAUCCAAGUAAAAGUGAAAAAGAAAUUUAUAUUAAGUACUACUUGAAAGCAAAAAACUUUUAUAUUGUCACAAUGACUUCAAUCAUUAUUGCUGCGUUCGGUUUUUGUUUGCUACCUUUACAGAAGUAUAUCAUAUCUUGGCUUCUGAACUAUCCUGCAACUCUGGAAAUUCCAUACAGAGUUAAAUUAUUCAACUCAAACGGCACAUCUUACAGAAAAACAAUUUUGCUUUAUAUUUUUGAAUUGCCACUACCUGUAACCGCAAUAGGUUACAUUGCGUCAAUUAAUUUGCAGUUUGUAAUAAUAUCAAACAUAUGUGCGCGGAUUGCCAUUCUUGCAAAAAGGAUUAAAAAUAUUAAUUGUAAUAGUGGCAAUAAAACAGAGAGUCUUAUUAAACAUAUUGUUCUCAAACAUGUGGAGCUGAUAAAGUUAAUCCACAGAGUAAAUGAAACUUGUACUCCAAUGCUUUUUGUUGAACUACUAAUUUGGAUCCCGCUGCUGGCUUUGGUAUUGUUCAGUGCAAUUGUGGCGUUAGAAGCUAAUGAAACAGUAGCGUUUUUAAUGUUAUUCAACUACAUUUGCGCAGCGCUGGCGUGUUUAUUUGCGAAUUGUUUGAUGGGCGAAAUUUUGUUGACAGAACACAAAAAUUUACAGGAAAUGUUUUAUGUUUGCAAAUGGGAGGAAAUGUCUAAUAAAUCAAGAAGAUCUUGGCUUGUCUGCAUGUCAAGUGGUGCAAAUAUUCCAAUGCAGAUAACAGCCGGCAAAAUAUAUAUUUUUUCAUUCAAUGGUUUCACAGGGAUAUUACGAAGUUCAAUGGCUUACGUUUCAUUACUCCGGACACUGACAGCUUGAAAUUUUUAGGUUAUCAAUUCUUAGAGCCUGUUGUAGAUAUUUGUA